AUGACAAUUCCCGUCCCGCGAAAAAGAGUGUGGCAGAAUACCUCAAGCAUCGGGAGUUGGACGUUGCUUCUACCCGCUCAACGAUCUCGGGACGCAAUUGACCUCAGCGAAGAAGAGCUCGCCUCAGUUGCCAAUAUUGAACUCAACUACACGCAUCACAUCUCCGUCAUAAAGGAUGUCAUGAGCUGGGGCAAGGAAAUUCGCGUCUCAAAGGAGGUUGAUACUGAGGGUUCCAUCGUUAGUGAUAUUGUGCAGACUCUGGCCGACGAGAGGGGCCUCAAUUACGAAGGAGCGAAGCGAAUCUGCUGA